ACGGUUAGUUGGUAACUGCCGGCCGCGCGCUCGGCGCAGACCCCGCGGUGCCCUUGCUUCCUCGGCGUGGUCGGAGGGAGCCUGGGGGAGCGAGAGAUAUUUGAAUUUGAACUGCGUUUUGGAAUUUAUCUACAUUUACAAUGCCCCCGGCAGUUGGAGGUCCAGUUGGAUACACCCCCCCAGAUGGAGGCUGGGGGUGGGCAGUAGUAGUUGGAGCUUUCAUUUCCAUUGGCUUCUCUUAUGCAUUUCCCAAAUCUAUUACUGUGUUCUUCAAAGAAAUUGAAGGUAUAUUCAAUGCCACCACCAGUGAAGUGUCAUGGAUAUCUUCCAUCAUGUUGGCUGUCAUGUAUGGUGGAGGUCCUAUCAGCAGUAUCCUGGUGAAUAAAUACGGCAGUCGUCCAAUCAUGAUUAUUGGCGGCUGCUUGUCAGGCUGUGGCUUGAUUGCAGCUUCUUUCUGUAACACUGUGAAGGAACUUUACUUGUGUGUUGGAGUCAUUGGAGGUCUUGGGCUUGCUUUCAACUUGAAUCCAGCUCUGACCAUGAUUGGCAAAUACUUCUACAAGAGGCGACCAUUGGCAAAUGGACUGGCCAUGGCAGGCAGUCCUGUUUUCCUCUCUACCCUGGCCCCCCUCAACCAGGCUUUCUUUGGCAUCUUUGGCUGGAGAGGAAGCUUCCUAAUUCUUGGGGGCUUACUGUUAAACUGCUGUGUAGCAGGAUCUCUGAUGAGACCAAUAGGGCCCAAGCCAAGCACUGCAGAGAAACAUAGGUCUAAAGAAUCCAUUCAGGAAGCUGGAAAAUCUGAUGCAAUAAAAGGAGCAAGUGAUGCAAAUACAGAUCUUAUUGGAGGAAACCCCAAAGAAGAGAAACGAUCAGUCUUCCAGACACUUAAUCAAUUCCUGGACUUAUCCCUGUUUGCACACAGAGGCUUUUUGCUCUAUCUGUCUGGAAACGUGCUCAUGUUUUUUGGACUAUUUACACCUUUAGUCUUUCUUAGUAAUUAUGGCAAGAGUCAGCAUUACUCUAGUGAGAAAGCUGCCUUCCUUCUUUCUAUUCUGGCUUUUGUUGACAUGGUAGCCAGGCCUUCUAUGGGACUUGUAGCCAACACAAAGUGGAUAAGACCUCGAGUCCAGUAUUUUUUUGCUGCUUCCAUUAUUGCAAAUGGAGUAUGUCAUCUGCUAGCACCUUUCAUCAACUCCAGCUAUAUAGGGUUUUGUGUCUACGCGGGAUUCUUUGGAUUUGCAUUUGGAUGGCUCAGUUCAGUGUUAUUUGAAACACUGAUGGACCUUGUUGGACCCCAGAGGUUCUCUAGUGCCGUGGGAUUGGUGACCAUUGUGGAAUGCUGUCCUGUCCUCCUGGGGCCACCGCUUUUAGGUAGCCUGAAUGACAUAUAUGGAGACUAUAAAUACACAUACUGGGCAUGUGGCGUAAUCCUUAUUGUCUCAGGCAUCUAUCUCUUCAUUGGCAUGGGCAUCAAUUAUCGACUUCUGGCAAAAGAACAGAAAGCAGAGAAGCAGCAGAAAAAGGAAAGCAAAGAGGAAGAGACCAGUAUAGAUGUUGCUGAGAAGCCAAAAGAAGUCAGUGAUGCAGCAGAAUCUCCAGAGCAGAAAGGCAUAGAAGGAGGCCCCAAAGAGGAGGAGAGUCCGGUUUGAACUUGCGGGGCUGAAGGGUAAAUGGAGUAGCUCAUGAAAUAUUCUAUUGGCCUGUAAUCUACCAGUGGUGCUCAAUGCAAAUACUGGACAUUUGCGUGGGAAUCAUUUGCAGGGGUUCGUUGAUGGAAUUUUUGUUUCACUCCUUACCAGUAGUCUGAAUUAAAAAUACCAUAGCCUUUGGGGAGGGAGUGGUUGAAAACGAAUGCAGGAAGGAAGUUGGGUUUUUGUUUGUUUGUUUGUUUGUUUGUUUAAAUCUUAGCUUUUAACAGUGUCAUGAAGAUUUUAAUAUGUGCCUUAAGUUUUAUUCUUUAGAACUCUUUAGGGAGCCUUAACUUUUUAAACCAUUCUGCUUAAUUCACCCAUUUGAAGCAUUCCGUUACAAGGAAAAAAUAACAACUAGUUUGAGGCAAAUCUAAAAUUUAAAAUUAAUCUUGCUUCAUUGUUAUUUAUAAUAUAUUGUAAGACAUUGUCACUGGAAGAUUUAUGAACAGAAAUGUUUGUUUAAAGUUGGGGGUUUUAUAAUAUCCUGACUAAAAUAUUUUCCUAGCAUCAAUAGUUGCCUGGCAUAUAUGCUUGCUAAAUAUGUAUUUAGAAAAUUUAAGGCAUAAAACUUUGGAAACAUCCUGGCUGUUCUAGAUGCAUUGUGCUCAUCAACACCUCUCCAGUAUCUUGAGUUGCUUAUUAGCAGCCGAAUGCUUGAGAGUUGACUUCCUUAAAUUACUAUUUUUGUUCCCCUUUCCAAAGACACAUUUUGAGUGGUUAUAGAUCCUCGCCCCUUUUGAGAUCACAUGGUAUUGUUUUUUCACUGUAAAAGUUAGUAUUAAAAUAUACAAAACAAUAUAUUUGUGCCUCCUUAGUAAAUUAAAUGUAGACAGAUAUUUCAAACAGCAGCUGAAUUCACCUUAGGUUUUUUCCAAAACCUCAGUUAAACUGUGAGACUUGCAAUCUUUUUUUUCUGUUUUUCCUGGAAUUCUUCCCCUUUGAUUCAUAGUAGUUCCAUUUAUAUCUGCAUCUACCUUAGCAUUGUGUGAGAACACACACUGUCUUUGUGUGUUCAGUUUUUUGUUUGUUUGUGUUUUCAAUGUUUGUUAAUUAAAGACAGCCAGAGAGAUUUGGCCCAGGCAAACCAGUAAGAGUAAGACUGGGAGAGAAGUUGCUAAGUGGGCUUAUCAAUAAGUAACUCCUUUUCCUUUUUCUGAGAAGGCCUUAAAGAAAAUUAUGUUUUGCUUAGAGUUACUGGACACAUUUUCUUACUCUUUACACAGAUCUAAAGGUUUUGUGACCCUUUUCACUUAUCUGAAAGGUAGCAGAGAAAUGGGUUUAGUAUAAGGACGGAAGGAGGAUGGACCAGAAUGAAAACUGUAAAUAUUUUUUUAACCUGAUAUAUUUUAAAUUGAGGCAGGAAGAUAAUGAUAGACAUUCAGUGAAUUAUAUUCAAUGUAUUUUAAAAUAUUGUAAUUGACAGUAUGGAAGUAUAGAUAUGAAACCUUGUUUAAGAGGCUGGCUUUUUAAAAUAAAUUUUUUUUAAGAAAUGUUUCUUCCUCCAAAUGUUUAUUUUCUUGAGGAAAAUAUUGCAUGUCUCCAUUUUUAUUAUCAAGAUUCAAUUUGGCCCUUGCUGAUAUUAAAUCAUUCAGCUUAA